AUGGCAGCUUCCCAAAACGAUGAAAAGAGCGACCUCUUUAAUUGGGUAACAGAAGUCUGGAAGAAGGUUCUGUUCCAGCCAGAUGAUGAGAUUGCAGUCAAUACUUUUCAGAAAUACUUUGCCAAAGAUAUAGUCAUCAAGAUCAACCACGACCAUGUCCCUCGCGAAGCCUAUUACGGAUACAUUACCAGCACUCGUGCUGCCUACGACCUAACUCUUAUAUACGGUAAAGAAGUCAAAGUUUGGGAGUCUCCCAACGGUGGCGGCUCACUUGUGUACGACGGGGCGCUCAAUUAUACCGACAAAAAAACCGGAGAAGAGCAGACCGGCCAUGUUAUAAUGGUUCUCGAUAUACGAAAAGAUGAUAAUGGAGAGAUGAGGAUUGUACAGACGACAGAGGUUGUGACUAGAAGCGAGGGAAGCGUUAAGGCUUUCGAAGGCUAG